CUCCUCCGUUCCCUUUCUUUUCCUCCGUUAAUUCGUUGCAUUUUUAUGGAUUUGCCCAAGAUUAGGUGGAACCUUUGAUUUGCUUGGUUUGGAUCUUUGUUUGCCCAAGAUUAGGUUGAACCUUUGAUCCCCCCCCCACACACACUAUAUGAUUCUUAUUAGUGAAACGUAGAUUGUAUAUUUUUUUUUAGAUAUAUAUGAGAUGCCUAGUUUUGUAGAUAAUUAUGAGAUGUUGAGUUUUGUAGCUAUAUGUGAGAUGUUGAUUUUUUUUAGAUAUAUAUUAAAUGUUGAGUUUAUUUGAAAUAUGAGAUGUUGAUUUACUUGAACACAUAUGACAUACUAGAUAUAUAUAUGAGAAUUUACAAUCAUUUGAGAUGAACUCAUAUAUGUUUAUUUGAGAUGAACUCAUAUAUGUUUAUUGUUUGAACUUUGUAAGGAUGGUUUGGCUUCUCGACAAUGCCAUUGACACACAACACCGGGCCUACAUGAUGCGCGAGAAGGGGCUGAAGCUUGAACCUCUGAAGAUUCGGUAUCACGGGGUCUCUGGUCCUGCCAUGCCUUACGAUGAGCGGUACACACCGUACAUCAAGCAGGCAGGACUACUCCCGUGGAUUCAGUUGGUCAGCCGGUCGACGCCGAAUCUGAACGCUCCACUGGUGUCCGCUCUUGCUGAUCGGUGGAGGCCGGAGACGCACAGUUUCCAUCUUCGGACUGGGGAGAUGACCGUGACGCUCGAGGAUGUCUCGUUGAUCACCGGUCUUGCUAUCGACGGGAUGCCUCUCUGUAUGAGCACUGAUUCUGAUGGAUGGCGCGAGCAGAUGAUUGCUCUUAUCGGUAAGGCUCCUACCGAGGCUGAGGCUGAUGUAGAGGAGGGAGAAGAGCCGAAGAAGAAGGAAAGGAAAGCAGUCGGAGCUGCUUUCACGUGGAUUCAAGCAAACUUUGCGCAUUGCCCUGCGGAUGCCACUGAUGAUGUGAUACAGACACAUGCUCGUGUCUAUAUGUGGUACGUUGUCUCGAGGACUUUGUUUCCUGACUCCACGGGCAAGAACGCUCCAUGGAUGUGGCUGAAGGCGUUGACCGUCUUCGAUAGCAAAUGGAGUUGGGGUUCAGCGACUCUUGCGUACUUGUACCGACAGGUAGUUGGUUUGUUUUGUUAUCAACUCAUUUGUUCAUUACCAAUGCAACCUUGCUGUCAACUUAACAUUGUUUUUCUUUCAUAUGCAACUGAACGAUGCGUGUUGCAGGAUCACAGAUAGGGCAAGCAUUGGUGGUAAUAUGCUUCUACUUUCUGUAUGGAGCUGUGAGCGUCUGCCUGUUGGACGCCCGAAGAGCGUCAGGUUUAAUCCUUGGUAUGAAGAUGAAGAUGACGACUUACGGCGCCCCACUUGGGCUUACAAGUGGGAUGUGGAUUCCGAGAUGACGAACGAUGUCAAUCUCAUGUACCAAAAGUACAUUGCCGAGUUGGACACGAUUACGCCUGAGCAGGUGGAAUGGCAGCCAUAUGGCGCCGAUGACAGACUUGGGUACACCCCGGAGUUUUCCAUCAACCCGAUGUGCUUGCGGGAUAGGGAUCUCUGGCUUAUGCGGUGCCCACUGAUAUGCAACUGGGCUAUUGAGUUUCAUUUGCCACAUCGCGUGUUUCGUCAGUUUGGUCUGUUCCAGCCUCACCCGCCGGAAUGGGUGGAUACGGACAAAGCACUUCAUAGGUUGGACAGGAGAAGGCAGCGAAAGAUAAAGGACUGGGACAAGCAUCAUGCUUCGUAUGUUACCCGCUUCCAGCUUUGCGUGGAGCAAGCUCGUAGCAGUGCACGCGCCCAGCUUCGUGAGCAUAACCCACUUGCUUUUGAUAACUACAUACGAUGGCUUCUUGAAAAUACUCGAGUUGAGAUAUGCCCGCCGGCAUAUAAUGAGGAUAUUCUUGAAGAACCCGUGAACUUUGAGGAUCUAUCAAAGGGGAAGUACAACAGAGAUGUCAGGGUAGGGCAAGGAGUCCCUGCUGUUCCGGUGAUUAACUAUGUGCGCACCGAGAUCAAGAAAGCAGCUGAUGAGAGCCAGUCUAUUCUGGAGAACACACCGGUUGGAAAAGGCAAUGAUGAUGGUUCACUACGAGCAUUCCUCAAGCGUCAGGCCAGGAAGUUAAGGCAGUUAUCGAAUCUUCUCGGUUGCCGUGAUCCCGAAUUUGAUGAACCAUCUGCCUCCAGGUCUCGUACACCAUCAGACCCCUCAUCUCACCAUCAGGGGGACGAUGUGAGUUCCUCAUAUGCUUAUCUGGAUGAUGAGGGUGCGGUCACCCAAGAGGGCCAUGACAUUGAUGAUGACAUGACUUUGGCGGAUGCUCAACUUCGGUCCCCAUAUGUGUUCAAGCCUAGGCAGCCCAGACGUCGGUACACGCCCAACGACUUUGACAACAAAGGCAACCCAAAGGUGGUCGUAGGGACCUCGCGGAUGGCUAGCUUGGAUCAUCAGGCGGAGGAGGAAGUGCAGGAAGAGGAGGCUCGUCCACCCAGGAAGAAAAAGAUUGUCUGCAGGCGUGGCACCAGGAACACGUGCGGAAAGCAUUAGUGCUUGUGUUUGUCAGUGCUCUUGUAGCCGUUUCAUUAGGUUGAUGAACUUGUGAGGUUAUGUUAUAUGUUGGUGAACUCUUAUUAGUGUGCUAUUUGUGUUUGCGAACUAGUAGUAAUGUUGAAUUGUCCUAAAUGAUGUGAUGUUCAAGUUAUUAGUUGUCUUUGUUCAGUAUUUGUGUUUACAGUAAUUUUAGUUAUGUUGAACAAGUUAUGUGA